GUGAGUCUUGGCCGCGCGUGCGCGUCGCCGGCGCACGGACAUGUAGCCGCGCCGCGUGUAACCUCCUCCCCUCCCUCUCGAGCCUUCCCCGCGGCUAUUUAAGCACGCCUCGAGCUUCAUCGCGGUCCACAACCCCCUCCCAGAGCCUCUCCCCGAGCCCAGAGCCCCUCUCUGACCCCCACCGCCGCUGUGGCCGCCGCCUCGGGUCCCUCUGAUUCCGGUGACCAGGAGUCCCCUCGUCGUUCCACCUCCACCACGGCAUCACCUGAGGUCUGGCGAGCCUCCCCGUGGCCUCAGCCUCGCCGUUCCCCCACUGGAGCACCCUGUUCGCCGGCGGCCGAAGCCACCUCCGCCGUGAGCCCUGUUGCUCCUUUCCCAGUCCUCCUCGAUGGCAACGGAGACCACCCCGAGAUGCGCCUCUCUCUCCUGAACUCGUGGGUAGGUCGGCCGUUGUUUGCGGUGGCCGGAGUCGCCGGCAAUCGCCGUCGAGGCGAGCCCCUCCCUCUGCCAGCCGCGCGCACGAGCGGGAGGUUGAAGACGCCAGGCCAGGCGGGCCCCUCCCCCCGCGACCCCACCUGGCAGCGUCUCGGCGUUGACCCUACCCUGGGCCCGUGUCUGUCUGUCGUCGACACCACCACGACUCCAGACAGUGCCGUCCUCCUACGCGAGUCCGUCAACCCUGAACAGACGCCGAGACUCCACAGCACCACGCCACUGAGAUCUGAUGUCGUCGAUGUAGAGGAUGAAACUCUGCUCAACCUCUGGGCCCUUUCAGUCAGCACCUGCUCCAAAACGAUGCCCCCAGGUUGAUGUCGUCAUCGUCCGAUCCGGGAAGACCCAAAUCUAGGGUUUCCCCCGGAGCAGCCCGAGGGAGAUGACGUUGCCUGCAAUGAUGAUGCCUGCAACAAGGAAACAGUGUCAAUGACGCCGCUGGUACGUCUCCAACGUAUCUACUUUUCCAAACACUUUUGCCCUUGUUUUGGACUCUAACUUGCAUGAUUUGAACGGAACUAACCCGGACUGACGCUGUUUUCAGCAGAAUUGCCAUGGUGUUAUUUUUGUGCAGAAAUAAAAGUUCUUGGAAUGACCUAAAAAUCAACGGAGAAUAUUUUUGGAAUAUAUAAAAAAUACUAGCGAAAGAAUCAAGGC